UCUCUGCCGGAUCCAAUCCAAUUUUCUUGCUCUCCAAACAACUCUCUCUCUCUCUCUCUCUGCCACGCUCAAAAUGUUUCAAAAUGUCCAGUUAGAAGCAAUGGUACGACUCUUGAGAAUUCCAUUAAGUUGGAAAAAUUGAGUGGAUGAUUGGGUCUAAAAUUAAAUAGGGUAUUUUGGAUCAAGUGAUGUUAAACUUUAAUAUGUACUCUCCGGUGCUAUUGAGGAUAUACUUUAUAAAUGAGGAGAACCCAAUUGAGAAAAUGGCGUGCUUCUAAAGCAACCACAAAUUUUCAGUCCUUCCAAACAUGAAUUUUCCCUCUUUCCUCUCGGAAUGCUUCUCUGCUUCUUGGGCUUUUGGAAUUUUAGUUCUCUGUUUUCUCAGUUUCUUCAUGAGCUGUUCUUCCUUUUCUCUGUCUUCUCCUUCUUCUUAUCCUCCUGUGGUCAUGGACAUCGCAGCUGAGUUUCAUAAUUACACUGCGAUAUCGGAGUUUCGGAUGCUGAACAGAAGACACUUGAUGCAGUGUCCGGAUCCAAAUGAGUUUAUUCGAAUCAAUGUAAGCUCCAAUUCUACCAUUGGUGAUGAAGAAUUUAUCACAGUUAAUGUGAGCGGGAUUUUAAAGCCUGCAGAGGGAGAUUGGGUUGCUAUGAUCUCUCCUUCUAAUUCCAGGGUAUCAGCUUGUCCUCUUGAUCGUUUAAUGUAUGCGCAGACGGGUGAUCUCAGUAAACUUCCUCUUCUCUGUCACUACCCUGUUAAGGCACAGUUUUUGUCUAAUGAUCCAGCCUAUCUUGGCUGCAAUAAGAAGGAAUGUAAGAGUUACAAUGCAGAAGGUCAAUGUGAGAUCUCGACCUGCAGCAGUUCCUUAUCGUUCCAUGUCAUCAACAUCAGAACCGACGUUCAAUUUGUGCUUUUUGCUGGUGGGUUCAAGAUUCCUUGCAUUUUGAAAAGAUCGAAUUAUCUGAGUUUCGCCAAUCCGCAUAAGCCAUUGUACGGACACCUCUCAAGCAUAGAUUCGACUGGAACAUCAAUGAGAUUGACGUGGGUAAGUGGAGAUCAAGCGCCUCAACAAGUUCAAUAUGGAGACUCCAAAUCGCAAACAUCACAAGUUUCUACAUUCUCACAGCAGGAUAUGUGCACUUCUCCGAUACCGAGUCCUGCCCAGGAUUUUGGUUGGCAUGACCCGGGAUACAUUCAUUCAGCAGUAAUGACAGGCCUUCGGCCUUCAAGCACCUUCUCCUACAGAUAUGGAAGUGAUUCUGUUGGAUGGAGUGAUCAAAUCCAAUUCCAGACUCCACCUGCUGCAGGAUCGGAUAAACUUAAAUUUCUUGCGUUUGGAGACAUGGGAAAGGCUCCUCUUGAUGCUUCUGUCGAGCACUACAUUCAGCCAGGAUCGAUCACAGUGGCCAAAGCCAUGGCUGAUGAGGUUGCUUCUGGUAAUAUAGACUCCAUCUUCCACAUUGGAGACAUAAGUUACGCCACCGGUUUUUUGGUAGAAUGGGAUUACUUCCUCCAUCAGAUCUUCCCUGUGGCUUCUCGAGUUUCUUACAUGACAGCAAUUGGAAACCACGAGAGGGACUAUGUAUACUCAGGGUCGAAGUACAUCACUCCUGACUCAGGUGGGGAAUGUGGGGUGCCUUACGAAACUUAUUUUCAGAUGCCAACACCAGCCCAGGAUAAGCCAUGGUACUCCAUUGAACAAGCAAGUGUUCACUUCACAGUAAUUUCAACUGAGCACAGCUGGUUUGAAGAUUCAGAACAGUAUGAAUGGAUGAAGAAAGACAUGGCCUCAGUUAAUCGAUCGGUAACCCCUUGGUUAAUUUUCAUUGGACACAGGCCCAUGUACAGUUCAUGCACAUUUGGACUCUUGCCUGGUGCUGUCGAUCGCGAGUUUGUAGGGGCUGUAGAGUCAUUACUACUGACCAACAAGGUUGAUCUUGUCCUGUUUGGCCAUGUUCAUAACUACGAAAGAACUUGCCGGGUUUAUCAAAGUCAAUGCCUGGGCAUGCCUACGAAAAAUGCAGAUGGUAUCGAUGUAUAUGACAACAGCAACUACACUGCUCCAGUUCAAGCAGUCAUUGGAAUGGCUGGCUUCACCUUAGACAAGUUCCCCGAAAACAAUACGGAGAGUUGGAGUUUGUCAAGGGUUUCAGAAUAUGGAUAUGUAAGAAUUAAUGCGACAAGGAAUGAACUGAUGUCAGAGUACGUGAACGCAAAUUCGAGAGAAGUAGAGGACAGCUUCUGCAUCAUCAAAAAGCAAGCUUCUUAUCAGAAAUACUCAGCCUGCUCAAGAAUAACAAUCUGUUAUACAAGAAUAUUUUCUGUUGUACUCUGUAAUUUUUUCAUUUGUGAUUUGUUACAAAGAAUAUUCUGCUCCAUGUAUAUAAAGAGCAGUUUGUAUUGAAUACAUCAUUAUUAGAAGACAUAUACCCUUUCCAUAUAGAAAAUAUAUAGUUUCCAUUUUUCAAUUA